UUUAAGACCUUUAAAUAAAAUGAAUUUGAAGAUAUAAAUAUACAACAACAAUAAUAAUAUCCAUCCCUUUGAGUCUUUUUCCUCAAAAUUAUCACUAACAGAAAAUUAAAUCUCCCCACAGGUCUUCCAGAGUGCAUGAAAGCAGAAAAGAUUUUUAUCUUAUCAUGAAACUGUUACCUGAAGGACAACUACGGUUUUGUGUUGUUCAGCGAGUACGUCUCAUAUCAUGUCUGCUCAUACUUUUCCUUCUGAAGUCUAUCUCUUCCCUGAAACCUGCCCGACUUCCAAUUUAUCAAAGGAAACCUUUCAUAGCUGCCUGGAAUGCUCCAACAGAUCAGUGCUUGAUAAAAUAUAACAUAAGACUAAAUUUGAAAAUGUUUCAGGUGAUUGGAAGUCCACUGGCCGGGGCCAGGGGGCAAAAUGUCACUAUAUUUUAUGUCAACAGAUUGGGAUACUACCCCUGGUAUACAUCACAGGGAGUUCCCAUUAACGGGGGUCUCCCCCAGAACAUAAGUUUGCAGGUACAUCUGGAAAAAGCUGACCACGACAUUAACUAUUACAUUCCUUCUGAAGAUUUCAGUGGACUUGCUGUUAUAGACUGGGAAUAUUGGCGACCCCAGUGGGCCAGGAACUGGAACACAAAAGAUAUCUACAGACAGAAGUCAAAAAACCUUAUUUCUAAGACGCAAAGGAAUGUAUCAGCUGCUGACAUUGAAUAUUUAGCCAAAGCAACCUUUGAAAAAAGUGCGAAAGCUUUCAUGAAGGAAACCAUCGAAUUGGGAAUUAAGAGCAGACCCAAGGGCCUUUGGGGUUACUAUUUAUAUCCCGAUUGCUACAAUUACAAUGUUUAUGCCCCAAACUAUACCGGGUCAUGCCCGAAAGAAGAAGUGCUGAGGAACAACGAGCUCUCUUGGCUCUGGAAUAGCAGUGCUGCUUUAUAUCCUUCUGUCAUUGUCAGGAAAUCUCCUAGAGGCAGUGAGAACAUUCUGCAUUUCUCGCAAUUUCGGGUGCAUGAAUCCAUGCGGAUCUCCACCAUGACAUCCCGUGAUUAUGCUCUGCCGGUAUUCGUCUACACUAGGUUAGGCUACAGAGACGAACCUUUAUUCUUUCUUUCUAAGCAAGACCUCAUCAGUACUGUUGGAGAAAGUGCUGCCUUGGGAGCUGCGGGCUUUGUUGUUUGGGGAGACAUGAACUUAACUUCAUCCGAGGUCAACUGUACAAAGGUGAAGCGGUUUGUGAGCUCCGACUUUGGGAGGUACAUAGUCAACGUGAGCAGAGCCGCUGAGGUGUGCAGCCAUCACCUCUGCAGGAAUAACGGGAGAUGCGUAAGGAAGGUGUGGAAAGCUCCUCAUUACCUUCACUUGAACCCUGCAAGCUACCACAUAGAGGCCUCCGAGGAUGGAGAGCUCACUGUGAAAGGACAAGCAUCUGAUACAGACCUGGCGCUGCUCGCGGAGAGAUUCUCCUGUCAUUGUUAUCAGGGAUACGAAGGGGCCGACUGCAGAGGAAUGAAGAUGGCUGAUGGCAGCUCUGGGGUUUCCUCUUUUUCUGCCUCACUAAUAACACUGUGUCUGCUGGUUUCAGCUGGUUCUCAGCACAUUCAGUAG